GACAAGCACUAUGUUACUGUACGACGGCCGCGGAGCGCGGUGGCUGUCAGCUUAUGCCUGGCUUGUGCUCCUUCGCGCGAGCUGUGUCGGAUCGCUACGUAUACGCCCAUGACUACGAACAGUGAUCGCCCGGGAUUCCAUGGGCGCCGCCCUUGCCCGCACGGCCAGCCUAUGAUAAUGAAGCCGUACAGCAUCUCCCGCCGGAUGCGAUCAUGAUGCGGGAGCAGUCGGCUACCAGCGCAUCCAUCCAUUCGCUUGUUGGGACUCGAAGAGACUCGGGGUAGUUGGCAGCCUGAUCCUUGUCCCCGCACUAUGCGCUCUAUAUCGACAAGCUUCGCGCUCCUUGCUGCUGCCUCCGUCCUUCCAGGCUGCGUCACAGCGUCUCCGUUCGACUCUCGAGAAGAUGAUCCUUGCGCGACGAUAGCUGGUCAGACUUACGUCACUCCUGCUGACGCGCGAGCAUGUCUGUCUUCCUUCCCGUUCAACGAGACUCUGCGUCAGAACGCACUGGACGUUGUGUCCAAGGUGUUUGACCUCUACACUUUCGAGGACUACUACUUGGCUCCUGUUCCGGAGUUUGGUCAACCAGCGGUGAACAUCCGUGACGAACUGGCGAGGAUCAAUAGCACGGGCUACGCGUCCGACUACGCAUUCAACAAGGACUUGUUCAACCUGGUCCGCGGCUUGAACGAUGGUCAUACCGGCUGGUACUCGUACUGCUACUGGGAGACCUUCCAGAACUUGCUCCCUGCGCCGAUCAUAUCUCUAGAGGUUGACGGCAUUCAAGACGUAUAUGUUGUACCAGACCUUGUAGAAUUCGUCUCUCUCCUCGGAACGAACUACACCAGCUACUACGACUCGAUUGGCUUCGACUGGGCUCGGCUCGCAGGCGCACGUGUGCUAAGCAUAGACGGCAUGUCUGCGUACGACUACGUGGACCACAUCGCCGACACCGUCUCGGGCAAUUACUUGGAUCAUGGAGUGCGCGUGAACAGCGUAUUCAGCAGCUACAGGAUCAACGGGGGCAACUAUACACAGCGGUUCGGUGACGUCGCGGGCCCCGUAUUCCCCGACCUGGAUAACCUGACCAUGGAGGUCAUACUUGCGAAUGGGACGGACUCCGAGACGGUUGUGGUGCCCUAUCUAGCGACAUACCUCGGAGGACCAUUCACGGAUGCUGCAUCAUACUGGGCAAGCAAUUGUGCCCCGAAUAACGAAACCAAUGGUGUCGACUACUUGACUCAGGGCUCUGACGUUGUUCAGUCGCGUGAAGCCCGCCAGCCCCGCGCUGCGCUGGCGGCAUCGAAGUCUUUGGGUGUCGGGAUCCCGUCUGAAUUCGUGCCAAAUCUGACAGCGAUCGACGGAGGAGACGCCCUCUGGAGCUACAUCUUGCCGGACAACAAGACUGGUGUGAUGUUCGUGGGUUCGUUCGAACCCGAGGACUACUACGCAUUCCAAUCGCAGGUUGCGGGUGUCAUAUCAGCGUUCCAGCAAGCAGGCGUGACGCAGUUGCUGAUUGAUCUGACGAACAAUGGCGGUGGCUACGUGUGCUUGGGGCAGUUCCUACAUUCUUACCUCGCAGGCACCAACUUUGGCUUCCCUGGCUUUUCGACGUCUGUGCGCGCUAACCCACUUGCUCAGAAGAUCCUCGCAUCCGAUAUUGCGAACGACAUCGAGGAUGUCUAUGCGAUUUAUACGCCGGACGAGUGGGCAUACCCGGGCAAUGACUCUGUGCAGUCGAACUCCUACAACUAUCUUACCCCCAAUGUGACGAAGAAUAUCAACGGCGUGGACUACUACGAGUCGCAGCGCUUCUACGACGUCUGUACGCCAUUCAACGUCACAAUCCCCGAGGAGCCUCCCUUUGAUCUGUCAAAGGUCGCAAUCGUGGGAAACGGUGACUGCGCAUCAACUUGCGCUCAGUUCAGCACAGUGAUGUACGAGCGCCAUAACACCACCAUCGCGAUAUUCGGAGGUAAGCCAAACGAGACGAUGCAGUUCAAGGGUAUGGCCGGCGCCCAGGUUUUGGAAUGGUUCGACAUCGAUUCGGAGAUCAAGACUGCCGGUCUCAAGGAUGACUCUCUCGCUCCCCCCGAUUUACUCGUAAACGCGGACUUCCGUCACAACUGGAGAGCCGCUUACAGUUGGGACGACAAUGAGACGCCGAUCGCGUAUUAUUCCGAACUUCCCCAGCUGCGCUUCCCGUACACUCCGGACACGUACAUGAACCCGCAAGCUCUGUGGGUCUUCGCGUGAGUGUCUCCCGGGGUUCAGUCCUGGGUUGCGAUCUCAUUAGAUGUGCGUAGUGCGGAACAGAUCUUCGGCUCUUCGUCGUAAGAACACACUCAUUUCAGUCUUUAGUCGCUCGUUGCGUAUUUAUUGGAUUGGGGUAAUUAUAUCGUCGAAGGACAGUAUUGCUUUUGCAUCGCUACAGGGACGAAAUACUUGG